AUGGCUACGGGUGUUUCUGGCUCUACGGCUGGCGACGAGAUGGAGGAUCAGCGACUGAAAAUUGAGUCGUACCGCGACAGCGCAGUCCAGUGCCUGGUCUUGGGAGAAUAUUCGAAAUCCGGCCCAUAUGUAUUGGAGGUCAUGGUCCAUUAUGUCUACGUGGAGAUGCUUUUUCACGCAGACUCAUCCAAGGACAUCUGGUAUCUCCUCGCGCUGGAAGUCAACCUAGCCAAGCGUAUGGGCUAUCAUCGUGACCCCAGUCAUUUUGCAGGCAUAUCGCUGCUCGAGGCUGAGAUGCGCCGGCGGCUUUGGGUGACGGUUUUACUCGGCGACGUUCUACUUUCAACACGACCCGAGACCGAGCACACCACUGUUCUCGGCGUCAUCGCUAGAAGGCGAAUGCUAGUUGCCCUAGGAGCCAUCUCCGACCUCGCAGCUGCCACAAAGCCAUGCAACUACGCGGAAGUGAUGAGAGUAGAUGGCGUUCUCCACGAAGCCCUCGCAAGCAUUCCACCGCCACUAAGGAUGCGCCCCAUAGCCUCCAGCAUAACAGACCCGCCGCAGCUGAUUAUGUCGCGAUUGUUCCUGGGCCACAUGUUUUACAAGGGCCAGAUAAUGCUGCACCGUCGCUUCCUGCGCCGAGGGGGAGAUGAGACCGUCUACUCAAGCAAGACCUGCCUGGAUGCAUGCCUAGGCACCCUGAAAAUACAGCACAUCCUCGACGAGGAGACUCGCCCAGGUGGGCAGCUCCAAAUGAUGCGCUGGCGGAUGACGUCCAUCAUGAACCAUCAGUUCUUGACGGCCACGACGAUCCUCUGCAUGCUGUUACACCGGGGCCAGACGUUGCACCGCGAUGAAGAGAUCAAGGAGUCACUGCAGAAAACUAGAAGCAUUUGGCUCCAGGGAAGCGCUACCUCGCUCGAGGCUCAGAAAGGGUCUGAAAUUGUGAACAUGGUUCUUGCAAAGUUCGGCGUCGGCCCGCCGGCGCAAAAAGUGCCUUCCCUGGAAUCACAUGAAGAGUUGUCAGCGGUACCAGUCGUUCAGAAUGACACAUUCGCGAACAGUUCCAACAACAGCGGCGUGAUGCACAGCUACCCAGUCAGUGGAAUGGCUCUACAGGGAACACCAGGCUCGGGUGAACGCGGCACUUUCGUCGGACUGGACAGACUUGAAAACCAGUAUCUGAAUCCAAACACGGGGUUUCUCAUUGAUCCUACCGAGGACGAUGGCACGCUGGACGGAUGGAUGAUAAUGAACGAUAUCGGAAUGAACUAG